AUGCGCUCCCUAAGGAAGACAGUGUUGUUAGCCAUUUUGGUGUCGGUGGUGCUGGUACUGGCCAUCCUCCAUUCCUGGCCAACCCGGGCCUACACCACGGUCGACUUGUGGCAGCGGCCAGGACCUGGAGCAGAGAGACAUCUAGAGGAAAGGCUCCCAGAACCAGAUCACAGAUCCAGAGACAUCCCCUAUCGCUUAAGGGAAAGUGUGGCAAGUUUGCUGGCUCGCAACGGGUGCAUGUGUGAGGGGGAGCGCGGCGGUCUCAAACUGCCGUUUACUCAGCUCUUGUUUCCGCGAGUGUCGGCUCACCCCUUGCACACUGCCUUUGAGGCGUCCGAGCUGGAAGAGAUGAAGAGGAGGAGGGCGAAGGAGUACCAGAGUUUCCAGAUGAGAUCUCAGACCGCUGCAGACGUUCUCAUCGUUGCAGAGGCCAACAGUCCUUUACAGUACCCAACACAGGGGGUGGAGGUGCGGCCACUGAAAACCAUCCUCAUCCCAGGGUUGGCCUUACAAGACCUUCCCAAGGACCAUUACUCAGUUAACAUCUCUGCCAAGCUGGGAACGCUGAAUGUGGCAGCAGAGGUUGAGGGGGUAAAGGUCAAAGGUGAUGGUGAGCCGCACAUGACUCUGUCCAGUAGCCUUCUGCCUAAUCUGAAUCGGCAACUGCAAUACAUCACCUACACCAACACGCUUUUCCACCCCAGCACGGCAGACACAGUGCAGUUUGAGACGGAAGGACAUCAAGCCUUCUUCAUCAUCAAGAUAGGCCACGGCGUGACCCCCAAACUCUACAACACAGGACCCAAAGGAGAGUAUAACGUCAGCGCCCUGGUCACAAUCGCUACCAAAACCUUCCUGCGGUACGAUAAGCUUCAAGAUCUUAUCGACAGUGUGAGGAGAUAUUACCCUACCGUAACCAUAGUAAUAGCCGAUGACAGCGAAAAUCCCAAAAGUGUCUCCGGGCCCUACAUCGAACACUACAUAAUGCCCUUUGGAAAGGGCUGGUUCGCCGGGCGAAACCUGGCUGUAUCCCAGGUGACCACCAAGUAUGUGCUGUGGGUGGACGACGACUUCAUCUUCACAUCCAACACCAAGCUCGAGAGGCUGGUAGACGUGCUGGAGAGGACCACUCUUGACCUGGUGGGUGGCGCGGUGCGGGAGGCCACAGGCUACACUGCCACCUACAGGCAGACCAUAUCCAUUGAGCCCGGGGAGGAGAACGGGGACUGCCUGCACAUGAGGAGGGGGUUUCAUCACGUCAUCAAGGGCUUUCCCAACUGCGUCGUCACUGAUGGGGUCAUCAACUUCUUCCUGGCUCGCACCGAUAAGGUCCAGCAGGUGGGCUUUGACCCACGUUUGGCCCGGGUGGCCCACCUCGAGUUUUUCAUUGAUGGCCUUGGUUCGCUGCAUGUGGGCUCUUGUGACGAUGUCAUCGUUAACCAUGCCACCAAGAUCAAGUUCCCCUGGGCCAGCCAGUCAGAAAGCGACAAGACCUACACCAAGUUCCGCUACCCACCGGCCUCCUCGGAUGCCACGCACACUAAAAAUGGUCUCUUGUUCUUCAAGAACCGGUUCCAGUGUUUGACACGUAACUAA